AUGGAAUCCUUAUCACAAAACUUAAAAAACCCAAUCAUUCUUUUGACGAAGUUGCCUUCUCCGGCUCCGGAAUCCGGGGUUGGGGAGGCGGAGUUCGGGGGGCGAAAGCCCGCUGAUGUAGACGUAGAGAAGGAGAACACGGGCGCGAAGCCCAUGGAGGUGGCCACUGAAUUUGUACGGCCUCUGAGCCUUGACUCAGACUCAAGUGGAAGCGGCUCCACUGUACGCAGCAGGAAACUUUGGAGGAGGAACUCGCGCUCAAGGCACAGUUUGUCGCAACUCACCAGCGACACUGACGAACCAGCGCCAAAGUCGCAAGCGACAGACAGCAGAGGGAGAGGACGCCCGCCCUCAGUCGGCAAAUAUGUCGGCUUGAGGAAAGCACAGCUCGAGCGGGAUAAGCUCCAACGCGAGGAGGCGAAGAAGAAGGCCGACAAGGAGCUGGAGGAGCGGCUCCAUUUUGUUAAGUCGCCGGUGCAUCCUAGGGUGUCAGACACCGAGGAAGAGGACCGACCCGUGCUGAGGGAAGACCUAAGACAGUGUGUCCAGGUGGUACGCACAACAGUGAGGAAGUCAGGCAACCUCAAAGGUACCUCCCAGAAGGCACUAAACUGGGUCACGAACAAAAUCGCCAAGUAUGUUGACCAGCCUGAGUCCGCCGCAAUCGCUCGCCUCGAGAGUGAGGCCAAGAAGUGGCAGGAGAAUUGUGCCCGGCUCGAGGCACACAUGAAAAACAUCCAGGAGGAAAACACAGCUCUGAAACGACGCCUUGAAGAGCUGGAAGCGGCCGCCAAAGGGCCGACAACAGAGGAAAUGCUGGCGAUGGUCGAAGCGAGGGUCCAAGCCCGGAUGGAAUCGAUCCUCAUGGGCCCGGCGCAACGGCCCUCGCUGGCACACGAGAGGAAGGCCAUUCCAGGAGAUGUUCAACUCCCAGUCGAGCGAUGGCUAUGUUGGCGGAACCCACGCCAAACCGAGGAAGGAGAAAAAGGCAAAGGGAGGGGAAAAAAGACAGCCCAGCCCGCUCCGGCUCCCGCUCCUGCUCCCACUAUCCCCGCUCCCAUCGCUGGACCUUCCAGUGCCCCGCCGCAAGCCAUAGCGGGCCCUUCUACUGCGGCGGUUUCGACACCCGCGAUGGCGCCAGCAAGAAGACGCGAGAAGAGCGCGGCGGCUGUAAAGAAGUCGGCACCAGGCUCCAAGCCGAAGAAGAGUGGGAGAAAAGAUCCGGCAGGUCAACCUGCGCCGGAGCCCCGUCCACUGCCGCCGGCCCCUGCCACAAUGGAGACGCCAUGGGUGGAGGUGGCCAGAAGGAAGAAGAAGGGAAAAUCGACAGCGACAGCGCCAACAACAACAAGCGUGCAGCCGCCAAAACCUUCGCGCCGGAAGGAACCCAAACUGCGGCCGCCACGAUCUGCGGCCGUGGUAAUUUCGUUGACACCGGCAGCCGUGGCAAAGGGUCUGACGUACAAGGGCGUCCUCACGGACGCACAGAAUCGCGUGGACCUCACCGGAUUGGAUAUAUCGAGGUUAAAGCCGAAGUUCACGGCCACGGGCGCCCCGAUGUACGAGGUGCCCGGGGCCAAUUCGGAGGAGAGGGCCAACUCCUUUGCCGAGAGGCUGAGGGAGUGCUUCGCUUCGCCCAGCGGCGCCCCCACUGUCGGAGAGUCUCCGGCCAGACCUUCUGGCCAGUGUAGUCGCGGCCUUGUUCCCGGCCACCGUGGAGACCACUUUCCUCCACCGAUGGCGCCACCGGAAGUGGCGCCAUCGUCGGUAAUGAGUUCGGCAAGGGAUAUCCCGGAGGUGUCGCCCGCGGAAUUGCGGGCGGCGGUGCUUCGACUGCGGAGCAAAAACACGGCCCCAGGGCUCGACGGCAUCCCCGGUAGAGCGUGGGUGCUAGCCCUCGAGCACCUGGGUCCGAGGCUCCGCAGAUUGUUCUCCGCCUGUUUGGAGCAGGGGCGUCUUCCCGGCGCGGCUCGGUUUUGGGCCCCUCUCCUGUGGAACAUCGGGUACGACUGGGUGCUCCGUGGUACCAACCACCGGGGUGUCGACGUGACCUGCUACGCUGACGACACGCUGGUCACGGCGGCAUCAGGGACCUUCCAGGAUGCCGCAAUCCUGGCGGCGGUGGGCACCGGCCAU